UUUAUGCAUAACUCAUAUAUGUAUUCAUAAUUUGUUUAUGCAGGAAAAAAGAGUAGCAGCAAGUAAUUGUGAGAUUAAUAAUAACAAUAUUAAUAAUGAUGAUGGGGUGGACAUGAUUAGCAAAUUGUCGGACGAUAUUCUAUUAUCGAUAAUCUCGCGGCUGACGGUUGCCGAAGCUGUGUGCACGAGCAUCUUAUCCACACGUUGGCGUGGGCUCCAUAAGUACAUCACCCGCCUCGAUUUUUCUCCCACCUCCAAACAAUUACAAGCAUUUAAAGAAGAAGAGGAGUUCCGCCUCCACAAAGUAGGCCAUGAUAAUCGAUUAUUCGAAGAGGAACUCAUAAGGAAAUGCACUAGCGUAAUCGAUCGGACAUUGGAUUCAAACAAUGGAGGUUCAAUUCUAGAAGAAAUUCGAUUCUACUUACCUUGGUUCCAAAUAACCACAUGCUUGAACGAGUCAUGGCCAAUCGAGAGUGGACUAGUUGAGAGGUGGCUCGAUUUCGCGUUUUCCAAACAAGUCCAAACCAUCCACCUACACAUAAAUACUUUUCAUCUGCGGGUUCCGUUUUCGUAUUCUAAUUUCACGAGCAUCAACAAAACCCUUAAAGAAAUAUCUCUAAACGGCAUUGAUUUGGACGACGAGGGUUUGAGGCUAUUGCUCUCGAAUUUCGUUGCUCUCGAACGUCUCUCAAUAGAACGUAGUGAUAAAUUAAGCGACGUACAUAUACUAGGUGAUCAUUUAAUAGCACCAAAGUUGAAACACUUGAACAUAAGUGCGUGUUGGGAUAUCAAAUUCAUUGAGAUUAGAGACAUGACGAACUUCGAGUCUUUGAGGCUAUAUCAUUUGCCAUUGAUUGGUUACGAACUCGUGCUAGAAAAUUUGCCGAGGUUUGUUCAGUUGGACACUAAUUGUCGAAAAACCGAAAUCGAAAUCCUCUCACGCGGCAAUGUAAUUAGCGAGCAAUUGGUGAAGCUCAAGCUUUCGACCUACAUUUUUGAUGUGUACAACGACUACAUGCCCCUCGCAAGAAUGGGAAAGCUUAAACAUGUGGAGUUGGAAUUUUCAAUAUACACUGAUCGCAGCUUCCACGAACUCGUCCGUUUCAUGGACGCUUGUCCGUGCCUGCAAAAACUCGAGAUUAAGAUGAAGUCAAGAUGGGGGGGUGAGCAUUAUUGUAUGGAGGUGGUGAAGAAGGGUUCAAAUGAUCAUCUGAAAUGGGUGAAGCUGUCGGGACUCGAAGGCUGCUCAUGCGAAAUGAAAUUCGGGUCGUACAUCGUUGGAAAAGCUACAGAACUUAAAGAGCUUGUCAUGGAAAUUUGCCCCGAAAAAACCGACGAAAGCAGACGAAGGGCCAGAGCUCUUGUGCGCAAGUGUUUUCAACCAAUACUACCAGAUUCAGUUAAUUUUGUUAUUGUCUAGAUAUUCAAUCAUGUUUCCAACCCAUACUAGCGAGAUUCUGUUAAUUGAAGUCCCAAGAUUCUUAAUCACAUUUCCAGCGAAUCAUAACCAAACUGCAUAGAAUUAUUUACAACGUACGUAUGUAACAAAAGCCUAAGGUGACAGAUAUCUAUAUACAGUUCGAAAAGAAUGUGUUUUCUAAGUCAUCUAAAAUCAGCAGUAGAACAUGACAUCCUUAACAUUGUCCAUAAUUUCAGGCAGAGCCCGAACCUUUCUGACCCUUUCCCUCAU